CGUCUGUUUACGCGAGUCGAGCUGGUCCCCUUGAUAGGAACGACAUUUAUUGGUUUAACCAUUACAACGCAAUUGGAGGUACACUGCGUGGCUUCGUCGCUAUGUCGUCCACUGGCACCUUCAGAGGCACGCCCAAGACGGCUCGCUCGCAAGCAGGUUACUCUGACAGCCCAUCGAACAUCCCAAUUCCCAGGCCGAAGCUUGAGACCCAAGUCAGCGAUGCCAACACCUCGUUGAGCGCAAGUAGAGCUAAGCAGACAAAGCGAGAUGAAGCAAUCCGCAACAAGCUCGAGAAGGACCUGAACAAGAAGCGCGGCGCCGCAGGUCGUGCACGCCAGACGCGCAAAGCGCCACCUGGCACGGUGCUGGCCCUCAAGCCGAACCAAGCACUACAGAUCAAGCCCAACACAACCGUCACGGAAGCCGCUCAGUUGAUGGCCGCGAAGCGGGAGGACUGCGUGCUGGUCACCGACGACGAUGAUCGUAUUGCCGGUAUUUUCACAGCCAAGGACCUUGCUUUCCGCGUGGUGGGAGCAGGAUUAAAGGCAAACAACGUCACUAUCGCGGAGAUCAUGACCAAGAACCCACUAUGUGCGAAGACGGAUACGAGUGCGACCGAUGCGUUGGACUUGAUGGUGCGCAAAGGGUUCAGGCAUCUGCCGGUGAUGGAUGAGAAUCAUGACAUCUCCGGCAUCCUUGAUAUUACGAAGUGUUUCUACGAUGCCAUGGAGAAGCUUGAGCGGGCGUACAGCUCAUCGAAGAAACUGUAUGAUGCUUUGGAGGGCGUACAGGCGGAACUUGGUUCCAGCCAGCCGCAACAGAUCAUUCAGUACGUGGAGGCGGUGCGGCAACGCAUGUCUGGACCAACGCUAGAGUCUGUAUUGAACGGACUGCCUCCCACAACUGUUUCCGUGCGAACAAGCGUGCGGGAGGCCGCGCAGCUGAUGAAGGAGAACCACACUACAGCUGUAUUGGUUCAGGAUCAAGGGCAGAUCACUGGUAUCUUUACAUCGAAGGACGUUGUGUUGCGAGUCAUUGCUGCCGGGCUGGACCCAGCGAAUUGCAGCGUCGUACGCGUGAUGACGCCGCAUCCGGAUUUCGCGCCCUUGGACAUGAGUAUCCAGCAGGCGUUGCGCAAGAUGCAUGACGGGCACUAUCUCAAUCUUCCUGUUAUGAACAAGGAGAAUGAUGAGAUUGUGGGCAUGGUUGAUGUGCUGAAGCUCACCUACGCCACGCUUGACCAGAUCAACAGCAUGUCUACAGGCGACAGCGAAGGUCCCGCCUGGAACAAAUUCUGGAUGUCCAUGGACCAAGGCGACACCGAGUCCAUGAUGUCCGGCGAAGGCGGCAGUCACGCCGCGCACACUCAAGACGGCCGCUCGGCAAUGAUGUCGCCAGAACAUGGCCAACGGCCAGGCAUGGACCGUCUUGAUAGCGUCCUGCCUGGCGACUCCGCUUCCCACAAUGGCGUCCCGGAACUGGACGAGCACUCCGCCCUUGCUGGCGCAGUCGAGGAUACACCGUUUACCUUCAAAUUCAAGGCUCCGGGCGGCCGAGUGCACCGGCUUCAGGUCGUGGCUUCCGCUGGUCUAGCUGAGCUCAUCGCUGUUGUGGCCGAGAAGCUGGGGGCUGAAGUCGAUAGUAUCGGCGGUAUGCCCAGCUUCGAAGACGGCCGGUUGAGCUAUACGGGUUUUGCGUUGAGUUAUAUGGACAAUGAGGGCGAUACUGUCUCUUUAACCACCGACGCGGAUUUGCUCGAAGCGAUUACUUUGGCUCGUCAGGCGGGCAAGGACAAGGUGGAUCUCUUCGUGCACGAUCCGGAGAAGCCAGCGAUGACUGCUACGGUGGAGCCGCAGCCGGUGUAUGCUGCUAAUCCCCCAACGCCACCGGAGAGCGCGAUUAGGCAGCGCAAGCGGGUAGAUGAGGAGGAAGAUGAGGAAGACAUGCCUAACGUCACAGAAAGGCGCAAGGAAAAGAAGUCUGCGCAGCCGAAGCAGCAGGAGCAGAUCAUUCAGGGUGUGCCGAAUGAGAUGCUGCUGCCCGGUGCGCUUGUGGUGUUGGGCGUGGUCAUUGUGGUUACCUUUGUCAUUGGACGGGCAUCUAGCAGGUGAAUAUGAUAGGCUGUGGGUGACUGUUGGCUGCAUGGCGAAGGGACUCCCGGCUUUCAUGAUAUUGUGAUACCAUCUGUACCGGUUAAGUGUCGCUAACGAUGUGCCUUCCAAUCAUAUUGAAGACGAAACGUA